AUGAUGCCUACUGAUGUUUUAAAAGGGCAGUCUCCUUAUCAAAAUUUUCACAAAACCAGACCCAAGCUUGACCAUUUGAGAACAAUAGGCUGUUUGUGCUAUGCCACUAAGCUAAUCAAUGAUGAUAAGUUUGACCCUAGAGCUGAUGUUUGUGUCAUGAUGGGAUAUUCAUCUACUCAGAAAGGGUAUGUGAUAUACAAUUUGAGCCUCAAGAAGUUUAUAGUGGGCAGGGAUGUCACUUUCAAGGAACAAGACAGACUGGUUGAUGAUGAUGAUAUGUUUAAUGCCACACUUGAGUUUACUGAUUCUCAUAAUCCUAACAAUGAUGUCGACCAUGCAGCUCAGCUACCAAACUUUGAACAUGUUCCAUUAGUGGUUCCAGAGAACACAUGUGUUGAUGUUUUAGCUAUGGACAAUGGUGAACUAGGUAUUCAGAAUGUUGCAACACACAUAACUUUUACCAGAGUGUCUCAUCCACCUGUUUGGAUGAAGGAUUGUGUUGCUCAUAUGACUGAUUCCCCACAUCCAUAUUCACUGGCUAACUACAUGACUUAUGAUAAAUUGUCUUCUACAUAUCAAGCUUAUUUAAGUGAUUUAUCUGCUGACAAAGAACCUCGAACCUCUUAA